CAGUUCCCGCGCCCGGGCUGGCGCGGCCAUGUUUGCUUGGGGCGCUGUCCCCAGGGAUGGCCGGAGGAGUGGGGCUGUCUGUGGCGCCGCACGGACAUCGACCUGCUUGUGUGGGUUCCGCGGGAGCUGCUCCCCUGCAGCCGUGGGUCAGACUUGGGGCUUUAAGUGAACAUGGACUUUCUGCGGUGCUGUGAUCGGGUGGUUUAUUGGUAAAACGGCAAACCAAGAGAAAACGUGGCACAAAACACUACAGGUUUUGCUGCUGGAAGUGAUGAAAAUGCCAGCUACGCAAAGGCUAAUUUCAGGAGUGUGGCUUCCCCAAAAAUGUGGCGAAAAUAAGAGUGUAGAUACUAUUUUAUUUAUCGAUUUAGUUAAGACUAGCAGUGAUGCUGACAUCUCAAGGGUCAGAAAAAUUAACAAUUCGCCCAGGAAGUUCCAGGAAAUGAGGAGGGGGUUGUGCAUCGGAGUACUGCCUAAUUGUCGCAAAAAUAUGGAAUAUGUAAAAAUUCUCUUAAGAAAGGAUGUUCUUUGAUGUUUGAUCUUUGUAUACUUCCAAGCCUAAUCAACAACAGAGAUUUAAUCCAUGAAACCCAGAGCAGCUAACAAGCAAGCUCUAAGUGAUGUCCAGGUGCUAGAAAGACAAAUUACUUGUGAGUAGAAUUACCUUUUUAGAGCUCGACAUGUUUCAUAACUUCAGACCUAGGGGGAGGUUAACAAAGCUUGGGGAGACGGAUGUGCCACUGAUAGUGGACAUAAUGCAGAAUUUAUGGGCCACAAGGACAUUUGGCAGAACUCCCAAGAUAAAGGAGAAACUAAUAAAGACAACUCGGCAACUGUGCUGAAUCAGCAUGCACAGGAGCCAGUAGGAAUACAUGGCACCCACACACAAUGCAGAUACAUGUGUAAGAGGCAGCUCAGCCUCCCUCCUUGCACUGUGCCAGUGUUAAACUGCUUGUCAGCCUGCAGAAUUGAGGUGAAGACAUCAAUGAGAGAUAAACCUUGCAGAAGAACUUAAAGAAAGCCUGUAAAACAGCACAGAAUUACACUUCCCUAGUAUAGUAGCUUAGCAACCUGUGGUGUAAGGGCUUUGAGGGCCAGGGGUUUAGUGCAUUUCUUGGCAAUAUUUUAUAGUCUUCUAUGGACUCAUCUAAUUUUUUUAAAACUUAUUUAUACUUUUAGUUACCCAUACCAUCCCUGGACUUAUGAAUCUAAUUGUGCAAUAUGAAAAAAUGUACAUUUUUGUUUUCAAAUAAGAAUUCAUGUCUCUCAUACUGUCACCUGUCUCUUUUCCUAGGUGAACCAUUCUCAUCUAUUUAGCUUGUCCACCAAAAGAAACCAUUCCCAGCAAUGGCUGUCUAGUCAUAAUUUUCUUUGUUAUUUUUGAUUCUAUAAUUCUUUUUAAGAUCGGGGACUACUACAGCAUUCACUGUUCAAGAAGCAAUGAAUGCUUCCUGUUACAUUUACCUUUUGGACUGACUUGUGUGUUGACAUGAUUUUUCAGAGAACAUUUCUGCAGUGACUGUAACUCCAGGGACAGGACUGAUGGUACUUGCUCCCUGACACACUGAAAUAACUUCACUCAGCUGCAGAAUGCCUCAGCUCCUGAGCAAUAGCAGUUCAGAGGAACAGGCUGCUGUAUAUUAUGCAUCGGUAUCAAUUGUCUCCAUUGCUAUCUUCAUCAUCGUUUUCAUCACAGGUAUCCCAGGCAAUGGAUUGGUAAUCUGGGUAGCUGGUCUGAAAAUGAAAAGGUCUGUGAACACUGUGUGGUUCCUAAACCUUGCUGUGGCUGACAUCAUGUGCUGCUUGUCCUUGCCAUUUUUCAUUGUUCACCUGGCCCUCCAUGAACACUGGCCGUAUGGUUGGUUCCUCUGCAAAGUCAUUCCAUCAGUCAUAAUCUUCACCAUGUUUGCUAGUGUCUUCCUACUUGUGGCCAUCAGCAUCGACCGGUGCCUCCUUGUCAUGAAACCUGUCUGGUGUCAAAACCAUCGAACAGUGAAAUUUAUAUCGCUAAUAUGCAGUGGCAUUUGGAUCCUGGCCUUCAUUUUCUGCUGUCCUGUCUUCUACUAUCGUAAGACAAGCACUUACGAUGGCAAAACUGAGUGUGGGUACAGUUUUGAAGACGAUCAGGUGCUAGAUUAUAUAAAUGAGUCUGUAAAUGAGUCAUGGGAAGAAUACUCACCUCUAGCCUACAAUGGUAACGACUUGUUGGGAAAUACCUAUGAAGGUGAUUAUUCUGUACCCCUUGCCUUAGUGGUAAUAAACAUCACUAGAGCUGUCUUUGGCUUUGUGCUCCCCUUUGGCAUAAUGGCAGUUUGCUACGUCCUUAUUGUUUUCAGAACUCACGCAAAUCAGUUUAGCAAACCACACAACAGGAUGCUGAGAACAAUUGUGCUCGUGGUAGCUGCGUUCUUCAUCUGCUGGGCUCCAUACCAUGUAGUUGGGAUUCUCUCCCUUGUACCUAAUCUUAGAACAGGACUGACGGAGUCACUGAUCCUGUGGGAUCACCUCUCUACAGCACUUGCCUAUGCCAACAGCUGCAUCAACCCCCUGCUCUAUGUUUUUGUGGGACGGGACUUCAGGGCAAAGGUACGGCAAUCAGUGCAAGGAAUCUUGGAAGGUGCCUUUAGUGAUGAACUCACAUGUUCAACCCUUCACAGAAGCCAGACUUCAGGAGAGAAGAAUAUUAGCAGCACAGUAUAAUGCAGGACUUCCUCUCACCACUGCAGAAAGACCAAGCUAUGGCCCUGCACAUCAAUCACUGUUUAACAGCUGUUUUUGCUCUAACACAUUUCAUUAGCCUGCAACUCCACAUCCAGGACACUGUAUGGUUCAGUUCAUGACAAGUAACCCCUUUACAUCCUACUCUAGAGAUGGGAAGUUGGAAGUAUCAAGAGUGAGGGAAGACUCUGGUGAAGCAGAAGAGAGAAUAUUUUAACCCUUAAAGAAGAAAGCAGGGUUGCAGAAUGUGGUGGGAUCAUGUAGUUGAACCUCUGAAUUGAGAAUGUUAUUUUAUUUCCAUAUGUCUAUGUUCUACAUCUCCUGUCUCUGAUAAACUGCAGAUAAAACUCACUUUGAUGUCUCUCCUCA